AUGAUGAAAUUUUACAGUGUUUAUAAAUGGACGAUCGUCUUUUUGUUGAUUUGUUUUACAUCUGCACAACAAUGUGAUCAACCUGAGAAGAAUGCGCGAUUCAAUUGUCAUCCCGAAUCUUCGCCGUCAUCAGAAAAAUGCUUAGCACGCCGUUGUUGUUGGCAACCAAUGAACUCGACCUUGUCCGAUGAAAACGUGCCAUCAUGCUAUUAUCCACGAGAUUUUCCGACAUAUCGUGUCAUAAGUAGUGAACCAACCUCGUUUGGUCAACGUUUAAUCAUUAUGAAACAACAAUCGACUUACAUGCCAAAUGAAAUUCUGAAUUUAACUGUUGAUCUUUUCUAUGAAACAACCCAGCGGUUUCGUUUACGGAUUUAUGAUUCAACCAGCAAACGCUACGAAGUACCAUUGCAAGUACCAGUAGUUCAAACAAAAGUGAAUGUGACUGAUUACGAUGUUUCAAUUACUCAAAUGCCUUUCGCUAUUCUUGUCAAACGAAGAUCGACUGGUGUGAUCAUAUUCGAUUCAAGUGUAUCACCGUUGAUCUACGCUGAUCAAUUUAUCAGAUUCUCGAGCGUCUUAUCCAGUUCAUAUCUCUAUGGCCUUGGAGAACAUCGCCAAGCACUUCUGAUUAACGUUACAAAUCAAUGGAAAACACUGCCAUUCUGGACUCGUGAUACGCCACCAGUGGAAAACAAUAAUCUCUAUGGUGUUCAUCCAUUUCAUAUCAAUGUGGAAAGAACAAAUGAGACACCAGUGAAUUUUCACGGACAGUUCUUGCUUAACUCAAAUGCAAUGGAUAUAGACCUUCAACCGUUACCUUCUAUUACAUAUUUAACCACGGGUGGUAUCAUUGAUUUAUACUUGUUUACGGGACCGACUGCUACAGACGUUAUUCAACAGUAUUGGGAUGUCAUUGGCAAACCAACACUGCCUCCUUAUUGGUCACUGGGCUUUCACUUAUGUCGCUACGAUUAUCACACUAUUGAUAAUUUACGAAACGUCAUCAAAAGAAUGAGUGAUGCCCAAUUUCCAUACGACGUUCAAUGGACAGAUAUUGAUGCAAUGUCAUCACAUUUGGAUUUUACUUACGAUAAAGUCCUAUUCAAUGGCUUACCUGAUCUUGUUCGUUCGCUGAGAUCGGAAGGGAAACAUUACGUUAAUAUCAUCGACCCUGGGAUUAGUUCAACUCAACCUGCUGGUACUUAUCCACCGUAUGAUGAUGGUUUGAGAAGAGGAAUCUUCGUAAAGAAAUUCAACUCAAGUGACCCAAUUAUUGGAAAAGUUUGGCCAGGUAUAAAUUAUGCGAUAUUUACACUUCUGAAUGCUAUUUUCAAAUCUAUAGGUUGGACGGCAUUUCCCGAUUUUACAAAUGAAAAUUCAGUUGAAUGGUGGACAAAUAUCGCUGGUACGUUUCAUGAAACUAUCCCAUUCGAUGGAAUUUGGCUUGAUAUGAAUGAACCGUCCAAUUUUGUUGACGGAUCUCAGCACGGCUGUACUAAUACAACAUUGGACAACCCUCCAUUUGUUCCACAUGUUCUCGGAGGCAAGCUUAGCGCAAGUACAGUAUGCCCAUCGGCGCAACACGCUCUUUCUUCUCAUNAAAAUCUCGCGAAGAAUAUUUUGAACACAGAGAACAUUACGAAGUUUCGGACAGAAAUCAUCGCCUUUUUUCUGCUCUUCCUUUUUGCCCAACACGGACAUACAUAA